AUGCACCAUAGAUAUGAGGAGUUUGCUUCAAAAUUGAUAGAUUCAUUAGAAAAGCAAUACUUUCAAGAAAAGAUGAGUGAGUUUAACAAAAAGAGGAAUAUUCUCAGACUACUAUCAGAAUUAUACUUAAAGGGACUAUUUUCUGAGUUUAAGAGACUAUUCAAGUGUAUUACAUUCUUGACUCAAAUAGCACCUGAUAAUAAGGAGGAGUUUGCUAAUGCUCUCAUGGUUGUUACAGAUUACAUGAAAAACUAUGGAGAGUUAUUCUUUCAUUAAAUAAGUAAAUAAAGAAGAGAUGCGAUAGAGAGUGACUAUGAGGUGAAAAUAGAUAGACCUGAUUUCUUAAAUCAUUAAUAAAGAGAAAAAAUUCACUAAUUCUUCCAAGAACAUCUGCAAAAGAAAUGUUUAGAUGAUGUUAAUAACAAGUACGCACUGCUUAAAGAUGCAAAGAGGAAAUUUGAGGAUAAUUUAAAAGAAGUUAAACAGGAUGAAAAAAUUGAGUAGACUUAUUUGACUCAUAGGAACGAAUUUGAAAAAAUGCAUAGCAUUGUGUAGGAAUUUGCCGACAUCAUUGAUACUCCAAUCCCUAAAUUUGAGAUUGAGGAAGACAAAUCUAUUUAAACUAAGAUGUUUAUAAACAAGAAAUCUAAAGUAGAUUCGAAUGAUUAAUUUUCACCUUUUGAUGAUGAGCUAUCCUUUAGUUUUUACAGAGUUUUCCCUGACUUAAGCAGAUUUGUUUAAACAGAUAAAGAGACUUCCCUUUUAACUGCAACUUCAAGUGAAUAAGAUUUAGAUGAAAUGAACAAGAAAAUAUAAAAAAGCUAAACUAAGGAUCAAAUUGAUGAUAGAUCUCUUGAAUUUAUUAAACAGAAUCCACAUACUCAAUAUAAAUCAGGAAGAAAAGAGAUGGCUAAAAUCUUAUUUAAUAUUCCUAGAAACUCUUUAUCCCUCUUACCAUAUUAUGCUAGAUUCACAGCAACUGCACAUUAGUACUUCAAGUAAUUAUUUUAUUUCAAUUAAUUUAUUAGAGAGAUGGGUAAUGAUCUGGCAAAAAUGCUUGAAAAUGAAUUUAAUGAACUAUAUUAGUAGAAUGAUGUUAUUAAGAUAGAGACAAAAAUAAGAAAUAUCAGAUUUUUGGGAGAGUUGACUAAGUUCUAAGUUUGCUCACCUUAAAUCAUUCUUGAGUGUUUGAAGAAAUGUUUAGAUGAUUUUCAUGGCCAUAAUGUCGAAAUAAUAACUAAUCUCCUAGAAACUUGUGGCAAGUACUUGUCUAAGCUUGAUGAAACUUAGCUGAAAGGAGAAUAUUAGCAGCAAAUCUCUCGCCAAUUUAGAAAAUGCUUUGCUGUAAUGCAGAGGUUAGGUUAACUUAAAAUCUCAACCAAGAAAAUAAGAGCUCUUAACAAAUAUUCAACUCUAUAUUAGGCAUUUAUUCUUGGAAAGGCUUUCAAAAUUAACCAUAGAUAAGGUCUUUGUGUUGAUAGAAAAACUUCCAUGAUGGAUACAGUUGCAAUUUUAUUAGCAAGUUUGAAAGAAAAUCACAGACCAUUUAUUGUUAGAUGCUUGGACUAAAUUUUCGAAGAAAUACUAAGAUAGUGUGAGAGAAAUGAUUUUAAAGAAUCUUAAAGAAGAGUUGCAAUCAUGAAAUUUAUCAGUGAAUGCUAUAACUUUAAAGUCAUCCAUACUCAGAAUUUGUUUGACCUUUUAUAUAAGCUUAUCAACUUUGACACAUUCUUCAGAUAAGAUGAUGAAUAUAUGAAAUAACUAGACUCUCACUAAGAUUCAUUUAGAAUUAGAUUAAUAUGCACAGUACUAGAUUCACUGGGAAGAUAUUUCUAAAGAGGUGAAAGAAGGAGGACCAUGGACAGAUUCUUGAUGAAUUUCUAGAAAUAUAUCUAUUCUAAAAACUAUGUGUUAAUGGAUCUUGAAUUUAUGAUUCUUGACACAUUCGAUACUGUCAGACCAAAGUUUAUUAAAUUUGAGAGCUAAGAGGAGGCAAUAAAAGUUUGUGCUAAGAUAGAGGAAUAUGAGGAGCUAGGAAAUGACAUUAUUGAAAUCAUUAGAGCUUAUCAUGAGGACACCGAGAUGUCGUAAUAUAAUAAUGACUAUUACGAUGAUUAUUAUGAUGAGGACUAUGGUGAGGAAGAUGAAGAAUAAGAUUAACAGUAAGAUGAUGAUAAAGACUACCUAGAUGAAUAGUUGAAGGAAUAAAUCAAACUGCAAAAGUAACUAAUAAUGAGUGAGAAUGAAAGAUUAGAUAAGUAAGCUUUUGAAAAAGAAUUAAACCAACUUAUUUAAGAGAGUACCACCGUAGCUAGAAAAGAAGUAGGAAAUAUAUUAUCAUCAUAGAGAAAAGAAAUCUUAAUUCCUUUCUCUUAAAUAAAAAAUAAAAUGUCACAGCAAAAGUAAUAAACUUAGCCAGCUCAAAGCAAUAUUGAUCAAAAGAAACCAAUUAACAUGAAUAGCAUGGCAUUUGCUCUAGUGACAAAGAAGGGAAAUAAAACUAAUGUUAAAUAAAUAGACGUUCCAGUAGACGCUUAUCUAGCAGUAAAGACUAAAGAGAGGAUUCAGGCUGAAGAGGAAGAAAGAGAAAAGGUAAAGGAGCAAAUCUUAAAAAUGACUGCUCAUCAAGAUGGAGAUAAAUAAGAACCAAAUACUUACUCAGAUGAUGGAGGAUCGUAUGGUAAUGAAGAUGAAAAUGACGAAUGA